AUGCCGCGAAAGAUCUUGAUUGGUUUCGGAGUCGACGCCGAUGCUGCGUCUGUAUGGAUUGCGGAGACCUCCCCGGUAGACGUUUCCAGGGGGAUGUAUGGUGGCGAGGUCUGCAUUCCUCGCCUCCUGAAAUUGUUUGCCAAGUACAACAUCCAGACGACUUGGUUCAUCCCCGCGCAUAGUUUGGAGACAUUCCCGGAACAACUGGCCGCUGUCCGGGAUGCGGGGCACGAGAUUGGAAUGCACGACUAUCUCCAUGAGCGACAGUCGAAGUUGACCGUCGAGCAGCAGAAGGAUGUAUUGGAUCACGCAUACGAUGUCAUCACCAAGUUCAACAACGGCAUCGGAGUUGCGCUCCAUGCUGGGACCCAAGUCGAGACAGCGCUCGGCUACUCCUCGAGAAAGGAAUCGAGUACGGUCACCUACUACUUACGGAUGGGCGACGACCGGACAAAGAUCGACUACCAGGCCAAGGCAGAGACAUGGAUAAAACCUCUCCUUCGAGAAACGGAGACAGGCUUGGUUAAGAUUCCGACUAAUUGGGCCGCAGCUGGGAAUCCUAACGGCUGGGUCAACACACGAGACGUCGAGCAGCUAUGGAAGGACACGUUCACCUAUCUAGUCACAUUCGGGGUCUUCUUCCCGCUAACUACGGAGGAAGAAAGUUUCAUCUCCCUAUAUCUAUACAUCCAGACGUCAGCGGCCGGCCUCACGUACUCCUGA